AACAUACGCCCUAAAUAAAUGAAUACUCCAACUAAUUAAUGAUUUAAUUGAGUUUAAUAUGGGUUUUUAACAUGGUGGAAAAAAAAAUAGUGGAGCGCUAAACCACGCCCCAUAAAUACUCACCCGCCCUAUUAAAUUCCACAACUACCCCUCUCUAUAUUUACCUUUUACUUUUUUACAAAUUGUUACCCCCAUCAAUCCAACUCCCUCCAUCAAUACAGUAGAGGUAAAUACACCCAACAACCAGAUUCAGGCACCUUCAACCCAGAAUCCGACAAAAAUUUCCGGCCACCUUCAACCUAGAUUUCCAGAAAAAGGGCCUACGCUAAACCCAGAAUUCCGGCAAAAAAGAGAAAGGUCAGACCCGCAAUGAUGACCCGUGGUGCUCCACCUUCGCUCAACCCAUAAUUCCGGCAAUGAUACCCGUGGUGCUCCACCUCCGCUCCACCCAUAAUUCGGCUAGAAGAGAAGCGAAGGGGAGUCAAAGUGGUCGGCCGACGAGUAUGGGAGAUCCAGCAGCAGCUAAGGCGGGACAAGCUCCGGCAGCGGCGGCGAAGGGAGUGAAGGCUAGGAGAGAUAAAACGGCUUCGGUGGUGGCGAGGAAAAAGCCGGCAAAUCGCAAGCGAGCAAUUGGAGAAUCUACCUCGUCUGUUUAUCUCACAAGUGAUGGUGACUCCGGUGUUCGACAUACUCGAGAUCGACGUAUCGACGCUUCAAUUAGGAGACAGGGAGAGAGGCGGACUGCACCGUUGAUGCAACCGGUGGUUGAGUGUGAGUCUUCUCGUCCAUUCGAUGACGAGGAUGAUGAUGAUGUGGGCUUUGAGCAUGAGUUGGAGGCCCAAUUGGACAUGGUCGAGGACGUUGUACCCAUAGACGGUGUACCCACAUAUGGUGUACCCACAGACGGUGUACCCACAGACGGUGUAAGUUUGCACAUUACUUUAGUGAUUACGAAGCGCACGAGAGGGAGGUUUGUCAGAUCUGAGUCGAGUUCUACCACUACUCCGAGAUUUAGUAAACGACCUAAGAAAUUGACAGAUGAUUCUUGGAUGGUUAAAGGUCAUACUCCCGGUGGUCCGACGGAUGAUAGCGUCAUUCCUAGCUUUGGUGGACAUGUUGCCCGACAGAUUUGGGACGGGGUAGAGAGACGGAUAGAAGUCUUGAAGUGCCAGAAUAGAAGCAAUGCUUGUUCGACUCUCGGGAGCUGGCUAGAUGACUUUUCGGAUGAUUUGAGGCGACGUGUCGAUGCGACUGGAUUAUCUCACCUACCAUUUUUCAUGUUUCCUCAUAUCAACAUGCCUUUGAUUUCUGCGUUCGUUGAGCGGUGGCAGCCCGACACGAACACUUUUCACAUGCCGUUCGGGGAGAUGACUAUUAUGUUGCAUGAUGUGUGGCAUAUCCUUCGCAUUCCAGUUGAGGGGCGUUUUAUUUCUGCUGAGAGUAGUAGCGAGCAUUUGAAGUGUGACAUGGUGGAGCUACUUGGAGUUAGUUUUGAUGAUGGGUUGGUGGUGGUGUGGCAAUCGAGACCAUAAUCGCUCGUUGUCAUAUGGUUGAUCGGACUCCUGAUACGAGUUUGGUUGGUUGGAUGUUUUUGAUGCUUGGAACAUCGUUAUUUGUCGACAAGAGUGGUAGUAGGAUUAGACCAUCGAGAAUACUCGAGCUUAAGGAUGGUGGCGUAGAUAGUGUUACUCAGUAUUCAUGGGGAGCCGCCACACUAGCUUUCCUUUAUCGCCAGCUUGGGGUGGCUAGUCGGGAUGGCAGCCAGGGCAUUUCAGGAUGUUUGACGCUAUUGCAGGCAUGGAUAUAUGAGUAUUUUUCUACUUUUCGUCCACACACUUCUCGACUUACUUUUGAGCCGGGUACGGCUCGUGCCUGCAUGUGGAGCAUUAGACAGGAGCGCAGGAGUUUAGUUCGACUACAGUCAUUUCGUACAUCCAUAGAUCAGUUGACGUCUAUAGAGGUAACAUGGUUGCCUUACGGUCCUGACCUUGCAUUGACUGUUCCGAGGACCACACUCUGUGGGUGGCUUCGAUAUCGUGAUAUUAUUGAGCCUUACAUGCCCGAUCGAGUUUUGCGUCAGUUAGGUUACAUGCAAGUCAUUCCAUCCCCGAUUUUGAGACCAGAGUUUGCAUACAGGCCAUUUGACAGCAUUGGGUAUGAGGUUGUGUUUCCCGUUGCGUCAACGGAGUCGGCUUGGCAUAUGUUCCCGAGAGGUUUUAGGCUAGUUUUGUCUGAGUUUCAGAGAGCGGAGCUAGAUCCGUCCACCUAUUCCUCCGGCUACCUUCCUUGGUUAUGUCGGAAUUCGCAUCGUCAUGUAGCUAACAUGGAUCAUGCUGGUGUAUUUUCGGAUCGGACAAAUGCACCAUAUUGGAUGGAGAGGUGCAUUAGAGUUGUACAGCCUUGGAUGGACGCUAGAGAUAUCAUGCCGACCGAGGAGACUAGAGCCGCAGUCGAUGAUGUGGAGAAGAUCAUUAGCGAUUGGAACCUGUUUGCCAAAUGAUGUAUUUAGUUAUUAUCGUUUAUUUUUUUAGACGUUGUUGGCUAUAUUAUUUCCGUAUGGAUUUUUAUAUGUACUUUACUAAUUUCGUCUAUUUUCUUAGAUUAUGUUUAUUAGUUAUAAUCCUUUGAACUUUUAAAUGUUCGUUCUUUAUUUGGACUUGUA